CCUGAGUAGGUCUCUGUCUCCUCAAUGUCUUCGACGGAAUCCCACCUACAAAGCACAGUGAGUCAAGCGAUUCUAUAAGAGAAACGGUACACGAUGCUCGAGCCAGUCAUCGAAGAAGAUGAGAACGACUUCGGGCUUUGCAACGCCAACCCGGGACAUGGUCACGAUUCCACAGAUAGAAGAGCUUCAGAUGUGUUGGUCUUACAAAAGGGCAUCAAAUCCAUCUCUCAAGCUGUGCAAGCCUACAAACAAAGCCUGCCGCCCUCGCUUACAUCGCAAGAGAGUUCCCAUGAUGGCUUCUCUCCCUCUCACGCCUUCCAGAAUCACAACCUUCCACGCUUCCGCCGCCGAACUGGUCAGCCCUACCGAAUCGCCCAACCGACGUCCCUCUCCCUUACCACACAGUAUCCCACUCCGCCCCCGCCGUCCUCACGCCUACACCUGAACGACCUGAGCGAAAAAGAUCUCCUCGCCGCCCUCCAGGCCAUCCGCAAGGAGGAAGAGGCGAGAAUGCAUACCCGCCGUAAAAGCUUCCACAUCGUCGACUUUGACCUCCCCUUGCCACCCUUUAGCCCCCUCCGCGUUCCCUUCUCCCCAUCCACCUGUUCGUCUCGUCGUCCGUCGACGUCUACCGUCGUCAGCACCACCAGCACGUCCAGUACCUCAAGUAGCAGAGCAUCCACACUGCUAGCUCCCGUGACAUACAUAGCCGCCGACGGAGACAGAGACAGGGGCCGCCGCGAGGAGCGAGGUCAAGAAAUGGAAAAGGGAAACGAGAGCGAAGAAGACGGGGUUGCCCCCUACGCGGAAUGCGGAACCCACCAGCUCGUCCACGCCAAAGAGCGCCUCCGGGACUUGGAACAGCAGCUUCAAGACGCUGUGUGCUGCCUGCAGGACUGCGUCCAGGCUGUCUUGAGACGGCCAGGGGGUGGUACCGCCGAGAGGGUUAAAGGCCAGCGACAACCGCAGCAGCAGCCCAAUCAUCAGAAGCAGGAGUUCCAAGGAGCAGUGGGGAACGGGGCGCGACAGGGUACGGCGCCGGUGGUGGUGGAUGCGCUACAGGACAAGCUAGCGAGGUUGGGCAGGGCGCAUGAAAGGGUGGCGACGGAGCAUGCGCUCGUGACGGCGGAAAUCAAGGCCAGGGCGCCUGGCGUGAUUUGGGAUGGGACGAUGGAGGCUCUGGCACGCAUGGCCCGUGGUGAUCGGGAGAUGGAGACGGAGUAGGACAGGAUAGGAUAGGAUAGGAUAGG